AUGGCGCUGCUCGCACCGCCGCCUGAAACCCCAGCACGCUCAUUGCACAGCGCCCGCACUUCUGCGUCCUCCCUGUUCCCGUUCUCGCGCCUCCUCUCUGAGGUGGUCGACAUUGACGAGCUGUCCGACGACGAUGAGUCCAGGCUCUCCGUCCCCAUAGCCGAGUUCGGUUGGGAUCCCGCCGUCAUUGCCUCCUGUCUCUCGCGGGGAAAGGCUGCGCACCCGAAGCUCCUUCUCGAGGGUCGAACCCAUGUCUCGGGCGUCACCGACGGUCAAACCAGACUCAAGCCGUCCAAGCUCCUCCCCCGCCCACAGCCGCCAUCUGUGUAUCGCCCACACUCCCGACGGCCGCCGCUCGAGCGCGAAGACUCCGUCUCCAGCAGCGACACUCUGCUCCCCAUUCCCUCGCCGCGCUCCAAGUCGCUCGAAGAGGUGGCGGCGCUGCCGGAACCCGCUGCUCUCCCCGCCACCCGCCCGCAAUCUACGCCACCGACCUCUCCCAGCAGGAAGCGCAGCCCCGCUCCGCUGUUCGCACCCGCCGCAACGCAGCUUUCGUCCCCAGUCUCCCCGAUCUCGCCGCCAAAGUCCAAGCGGCGGCGCAUCACCCCGCCAGUGAGCAAGUACAAGCUGGCUGCUGCGCCGGGCCGGACGCGAGUCAGCCUCGCGCUCGUCGUGCCCCGCAACCUCGUCAACAUCCCUCCAUUCUUCCCGCCUCGUGCUCGGCUCGAGGCCGAGUUCGCCCUCUUCGGCUACCUUUCGCACCUUCACGAGUGUGCGCGCCGCGGCCCGCCGGCGCCCUCCCCGUGCCUGCGCACUUUGAUCCGGUCCGGCCACCUAUCCGGCGGGGACAUGCCCGCACAACAUCACACGGCACACUGCACUCGCUGCGGUCCCUCCACUCACUCCGCAACAUUCGCAGUGUUCAGCGUCUCCGUCCGCGCUCGUCGACGACACUCCGCUCCCUCCACCCCCUGA